GCCCCCUCCCCCCUUUCCCACUGGGAUGCAGGACAGCAUCCCUCUGGUCCAGCCGAGAGCAUCGCUCCGAGACCCGCCCUACGCAAGCUGGAUAUGGGGGUGCCAAAGCGGGAGGGGUGAUUCUGGGAGGCUGGAGCGCUCAGUCCCACCGUGUCCUGCGAGUCCCCACGAUGCCGAGCGGGAAUGCUUUGUCUUUGGCUGCUCCCUCUCCAGAGCCUGUCCCGUGUUCCCCCUUCUCCCUGGCUGCUUUUCCUCUCCAGCCCCUGGGCUCUGCUUCCCCCAGGACAGAAGGAAAAGAGAACACACCCCCACACCCUUCCUCUCCCUUCCCAGUGCCACCAGUGCUCCCAGUGCUGAGUGGGAAGAGCUUUGCACAGCUUUCUUCACCCAUUCUGGCCCCUCCGCCUUGUGCAGGGGGAGGGAUGCUCCAUGGGCCCCCCGGGAUCCAGCCCAAACUUGGGGCUUCGGUCUCUGCUCCAUCCCAGGGCUGAGGAACCACAUGCCCAGCUUGGGGUGGAUGAACCCCCCAACACACUUAGGUAACCGAACCCGGGGUUCACUUCUGUACCCCAAAAACCACACCUCCUGCCAGUUCCACUGGCCCAGCUCAGCCUGGAGAUAAAGGAGAAGCAGGAGGAGGAUGCAGGAUGUGCAGCCUGGCUCUGCGUAGACUUUCCCAUCAUGGGCUGCGAGAGGCAGCUCCCCCCGUGGGGCUGGUGCUGGGCAGGGGAGCAAAGCUCCAGCCAGAAGAAGGGGGGCAGGUUUGCUUCCCCCCAAGGUGUUGUCUCUACCCAGCGCUCCCCGGGAUGUGGUUUGUGGAUCCCCCGUGAAGGGCAACACCAAAAUACCCCGGAGAAGCACCCACUUCUGCUCCCAGCAGCUGGGACCUGCACCUCUGAGGGGAUUUUGGGAUGUGUUUUCCAGGGAGGGGUUCUGCAACCUUGAAAGGGAACCCCAUCCACCACGACACCGCAUCCCUGCAGCUGCCGCCUUCUGUCCUCGCCCUUCUCCGCACCGCUCCGUGCUGGGGGCUCCCUAAGGGUUGUGCCGUGCACCCGCAUCCCCCGCUCAAACCUUAGGAGCAGACAGGGAAUUUUUUCCCUCCCUCUAAGGAUUAAAACCCAGCCAAAUUAGGGCAAGUUUCCAUCCGGUCGGCCAAGGCGUUCCAUGUCCAGGAACUUUAUCCUGAGCACAGUAACACUGGGAAGAGCAGUGCCUGAAAGUAGGAUUUUUGGCCAAGCUGUUGGAUGGCCACAAGAAGUUCUCCAUCCUGCCCACCAGCCUUCGGGCCAUCCCUAAAGUUGCUGGAAGGACUUUCCUGGGUUCCAACCCAGCUCUACAUCCUGUCCUGGGGGGGUGUUCCCAAGUUGAAUCCCAAACCCAGAGCAGCCUGCUCCAUGCUAGGAGCCGGCGCAGCGGUGAGACAAAAGCCUCAGCUGGAAGGGGAUCUGCUGUUGCUGGAAAUCUUCCUGGCUUUCAUUAGCUCCUUAUGGAGCUGUGUCCUUUCCCACCCUGUUGCCACGUGCCUGGGAGACACGUGAGCUCACCAACACCCCCAGAGCUGCUUCUCUCCGUGCAAGGGAGACCCUGACCUGCGAGGUGGGAUGGGGGAUGCUCCAGCGAUGCUCCACGUGCGCCGAUCUCAGGUGAUGCCCUCGUAGGCUGCACGUCUGCAGCCACCCGGACCAGAGCCAUCACGAGCUGAGUCAGGACUGGCUGCAACCCCUCCACCUCCUCCCUCCGCCUCAGAGGAGCAGUUUUAAAGGAAAAUACGUUCAUGGGGAGAGCGGAGCCACAGGCAGCCUGGCUCAGUGCCAUGCCCUCCUUUGCUGGCAGGGGCUUUCGUGGGCUAAAAGCUGUUUAUUUGCAUCAAACUUGCAGGAACUACGUACCCUUGGGGGUUUCUGCCUCUGUUUGCAAUUUUCGAGGGGGUGCCAGUGUGCCAAAGGGGACGUGGCGUGCCUGCACGAGCAUCGUUUCCGUAGGAAACUUGGUGUAACACAAGGCUUGUUGUUCUGCCUCCUCCGAGCCUCCUUGCCAAAGCAUCAGGGCUGGAAAGCUUUCCUGGGCAGCGUGCUCGCCUCGGCGUUGUGUCGGGUGCAAACGGAGGCCUUGAGAUGUAUUUCUUUUUGGGGCCAGGGGCUGGUGAUGCUGGAGUGGGUGCUCCCAGCUCCCCAUCACCCUGAGGCUGCUGCGUGGUGGCCUCAGCAGGUGCUGGGGCAGUAACGUGAGCUCAACUCAUCGUGUUUGGGCAGCACAGGGCACUAGAGCCCAGCCAGCACGGCUUCCCCGGAUAGCUUCCCACAAGAGAACAGGCGCCGAGGGGGAUAGAAUGCCUGAGGUCUCCACUGAGAUUUGCAGCGCUGCCUCAGUUUCCCCAGGCUCCUCAUUCCGUCCCACUGGCAGGGUCACAGCAAUCCCUGGGUCUCCGUUGGUUGUUUCCCCGUGCUGACCGAUAUGUGGCUGGCUGCUCCUGCUCCAACCUAGCUGGAUGCUUUAUCCUUGCCUCUGCCCGGAAAGGAAGAAGUUAAAACACCGGGAUUUCCUGGUGCUGCGGAGGGAAGGUGACCCAUGGAAGUGCUUUGCAUCCUCCUCAGCUCCAGCUGCCCUUGCAAAGCACGUUGCUUGUGUUGGAAGCCGCUGGAGCGAAACCAUACUUGGAAUCCAGCUAGAAUUUAGGCUUUCUCAUCCAAAUUUAAGCCCAGGUUUAAGCACCUCCUUUUCCCCACGCCGCUGAGGGCACCUUGGCUCGGAUGCAGCAUCCUUCCCCCUCCAGCAUCCCGCCACGUGCCUGCUGGUAACAGCAAGCAGCGAGAGGUCAAAGAGCAAUGGUUCAAAGCUGCUGCAGGUACACGGCCGUAUGGAGGAAGCCUUUUGCUGCCAUCGCAGCCCUCCCCGUCCCCUCCCGUGACGUCACGGCAGCAGGGUGACACCGUGGCUCGCUGGGUGCAGCACCCGGGGGAGGCUCCGCCAGCUGCCGCCGGAAAAGGCUCUGAUUUCGAUAGCGUCGUCACCCAACCUCACCGCCAAGGCUGCCGGGUGACGCGGGAUGAGUUUGCCAGCUGACGAGCCGGGCAACCCGGCGCAUGCCAUCUUCGAGAGGUUUCUGCGUGCCGGAGAGUGCCGAGAGGUGCUGAGCUGCUUUGGGGAGCUGUGCCAGCAGCUGGGGCUGCGCGGCGCUGGGCUGCAGCUCUACCACAGCCUCAAGGCUGCCCUCAACUACUGGAAUGCCAAAGCUCUGUGGAGCAAGCUGGAUAAGAAAGCUGGGCACAAGGACUAUGACCAAGGCACAGCCUGCGCCAGCACCAAGUGCCUGGUGGUGGGAGCGGGUCCCUGUGGGCUGCGGACGGCCAUCGAGCUGGCGCUGCUGGGCGCCCGCGUGGUGCUGCUGGAGAAGCGGGAUUCCUUCUCUCGCAACAACGUCCUGCACCUCUGGCCCUUCACCAUCCACGACUUGAGGGCGUUGGGCGCUAAGAAGUUUUACGGACGCUUCUGCACCGGCACGCUGGACCACAUCAGUAUCCGGCAGCUCCAGCUGAUCCUGCUGAAGGUGGCUUUGCUCCUGGGGGUGGAGGUGCACAUCAACGUGCAGUUCAAGGGUCUGGUCCCACCUGCAGGCAAAGCAGGUGGACAGGGCGGCUGGCGAGCUGUGCUGCAGCCCGGCUCCUCUCCUCUCAGCCACUAUGAGUUUGACGUCCUCAUCUCGGCUGGCGGUGGCAAAUUUGUCCCUGAAGGGUUCAAACGGAAGGAGACGCGGGGGAAGCUGGCCAUCGGCAUCACCACCAACUUCAUCAACCGCCACAGCCGGGCUGAGGUGGAGGUGGCCGAGAUCAGCGGCGUGGCCCGAAUCUACAACCAGAAGUUCUUCCAAAACCUCUACAACAAAACGGGCAUCGACCUGGAAAACAUCGUCUACUACAAGGAUGACACUCACUAUUUCGUCAUGACGGCCAAGAAGCAGAGCCUGCUCAAGAAAGGAGUCAUCCUGGAGGACAAAGCGGACAUCGAGAGCCUCUUGUCCUCAGAGAACGUGAACCGAGCUGCCCUCCUCAGCUACGCCAAAGAAGCUGCCAACUUCUCCACCAACUACCGCCUCCCCGAGCUGGAGUUUGCCCUCAACCACCGGGACCUGCCGGAUGUUGACAUGUUCGACUUCACCUGCAUGACACGCUCGGAGAACGCGGCGCUGGUGCGGGAGCACAACGGGGUCCGUCUGCUCCUCGGGCUGGUGGGCGACUGCUUGGUGGAGCCCUUCUGGCCUCUGGGCACCGGAGUGGCCAGGGGCUUCCUCGCCGCCUUUGAUGCAGCGUGGAUGGUGCGGCGGUGGGCGGCUGGGACGCCGCCCCUGGAGGUGCUGGCUGAGAGGGAGAGCAUCUACCAGCAUCUCUCCCAAACCUCCCCGGACAACACCAACAAGAAUAUCAGCCAGUACAGCAUCGACCCGGCCACGCGCUACCCCAACAUCAACCUGCAGGCCAUCAAAGCCAGCCAGGUCCGAGACCUCUACCUUGUGGGCAUGGUGGAGAUGGACCACAAGAGGAAGAGCGACAACCGGCUCAGCACCGCGGUCUCUGGAGAUGCCUAUGAAGAGCUGCUGAGCUGGUGCCAGGCCAGCACGGCCGGGUACCGCGGCGUGGCGGUGACUGACUUCACCACCUCCUGGACCAACGGUUUGGCCCUCUGCGCCCUCGUCCACCGCUUCCGCCCCGACCUGGUGGAUUUUGGCACCGUGGACCUCCAGGAUCCCAUCCAGACCCACCAGAUGAUGCUGGAUAUGGCGGAGCAGGAGCUGGGCAUCCAACCGGUGCUCUCCAGUGCCGAGAUGGCCACCAUGGCAGAGCCUGACCGCCUGGGGCUCAUCACCUACCUCAGCCAGUUUUAUGAAGCUUUCAAGACUUCUCCAGAGGCAAAGGAGGUCAACAAGAAGCCGCUGUCUCCCCGAAGCACACGAGGAGCCAUCCUCUUCCUCAGCAAGCUACAGAAGAGCCGGAACCUGACACACAAGCGUGCGCAGGACAGUGCCCAGAAGGAUGCUGAGGCCAAGAGGAGCCGCAGGGAUGCAGAGGUGGAACAGGGGCUGGAUGGAGACACUCUGGACAAUGCCCACGAGCCGCCACAAACCACUGUGAUGGACCCAGGGCAGCCACUGGCCCGCGGGGAGAGCAGCGACGCCUGCUACUUCUGCAGCCGCCGUGUCUACAUCUUGGAGAGAGCCAGCGCCGAAGGACGCUUCUUCCACCGCGGCUGCUUUCAGUGCUGGCGGUGUGGGGCCACCCUGCGCCUGGGUGACUACGCCUUUGACGAGGAGGACGGUCAUUUUUACUGCUCGCUUCACUACCCCAGUCCUCCUGGCAUGGACCUACCUCAGGAUGAGCCCCCGGCACUGCCCCAUGGGGAGAUCGUUGCUACCUGCUCGCCCUCAUAUGCUGGGAGCCCACUUGUGUCCCCCAAGGAGAGGCCACCCAGUCCCCUGCAGCCCCCACCAGUAGCCCCAGAGCCAGAGGAAGAACCUGGUGCAGCUGAGGAUGCUGCAAGUGCUGGUGACAUGGAGGAGAAGGAGCUGCCAGCACAGUCCAAGGGGGAUGCGAGGGAGGAGGAAAGUCUGGGACCACAGCCCCAAGGGGUGGCAGAGGAAGGAGAGGAGAGCAGAGGCAGGAGGAAGAUUGUCCUCACGCCGCUGGAGAAGCUCAAACUGUCCACGUUGAACCUCACCAGUGAAGCAGAGUCCGAGCCACCGCCAAAGCCGGCUCGUCUGCGGCUCCAAGCAGCGCCCGAGGUCCUCCCUGCCCUGCUGCAAAGACAGGAUGUCUGGGAGGAGGAGGAAGAGGAGGAAAUGGCCGUGGAAGCUUUGGAGGGGAGUGACAGUGAGGAAGAGGAGGAAGAGGAAGACGCAGACCUUGGCAUCAUGGCAGAGUCGUUCCUGGACCUCGGAGAAGAGGAGAAAUACCCAACCUGGAAGCGCACACUGACCCGCCGGGCCAGGGAAGCUCAGAUGAAGCGGUUCUGCAAAGCCCAGGCCAUCCAGAGGCGUCUGGAGGAGAUCGAGGUGACCUUCCGGGAGCUGGAGCAGCAGGGCAUCAAGCUGGAGAAGUCACUCCGGGAUGAGGAGGGUACGCCGGCCAACCAGAAGACACAAUGGAUGAACCAGCUGCUCUACCUGGUCCAGAAGAAGAACAGCCUGAUGUCCGAGGAGUCGGACCUCAUGAUCACGGUGCAGGAACUGAAGCUGGAGGAAGAGCAGUGGCAGCUUGACCAGAAGCUCCGAUGCUACAUGAACAAGGAGGAAUCCCUGAAGACACCUGAGGAUCGUGCAGCCGAGCAGGAGAUCCUGGUGCAACUGCUGGAGGUGGUGAACAAGCGCAACGUCCUCAUCCACAUCCAGGAGGAGAAGCGGCUCAGCGAGCUGCAGGCUUGAUCCACGUGGCCCCAGGACCCACCAGUUCCUCCCCAGGGUGGGGGACAAGUGUUCCCCCCACCACCACCGAGCAUCACUCUGAGCUGCCUCUGAAGGUGGUGAUGCCUGAGCUGCGCGUGGGCCAUGGUGAAUGCAGCUCCCUGCUUGCCAAAGCCUGCCGUGGAGGGGCCGGACCCACUGGUGGAAACCUGCGUGGGUAGACACGGAGGAGCACCCCAGCUUUGGGCUGCAGAGAGGGCAUCCCCGCGCUUGGCUGGAUUGCCUUUGCCUUGUGCUUGCUUGAAAAGAAGGGACUAAGAAAUAUGAGGGCUGCGGUGGGGUUUGUGGAAGGACGAAGCCCCACAGGGAAGUCUCACCCAGCGCAGGAGAUCCCACAGCUUGAGGGGAUGCUGCCUGGUGGCUUGGUUGGGGCAUCAAAAGCUUUUUAUCCAGCAGAGCCGCUCGUGCUCAAGCUGCAUCGCUGGCUGCCUCAGGACAGGCUCACAGUGAGAGAGGUGACGUAUCGGUCCCCAGCCAGAUCCAGGCACCGAAGGUGUGACUGCAGCCACCACACACAGGUCACAGUGGAGACGACAAAUGUGGAGGGGAAGCAUCGGAAGUAGCCCCUGGAAGCCACCCUAGGACAUCCUUCCCAGCUGGGGACAUCCAUCUUAACCCAGGAUGUCCAUCCUAGCUUGGGACAUUCAUCUCAGCUGGAGACAUCCAUCUUGACCUAGGAUGUCCAUCCCAGCCCAGGACAUCUAUCCCAGCUGGGGACAUUCCAUCUUAAUCCAGAACAUCCAGCCUAGCCUGGGACAUCCACCUAAGAUUGCAGCCUGGAACACACAUCCCACUGAGGACAUCCAUCCUAAACCAGGACCAUCCAUCCCAGACUGGGAUGUCCAUCUCUUCCAGGGCCAUCCAUCCCAGCAAGGACAUCUGGCCCUACAAGACGAGUCAGCCACAGACCAACUGGGCUGAUCUCACUGCUCUGCAUCGUUGCUCUUGGGUGUCAUAUCCAUGUGGUCCUCAGCCACAUCAGGAAACCAGGGUCAGAAACCUCCCUGCGAGGUCCCAGGGCUGGGAAAGGAGCAGCUCCAUGAGGGGGUUGUGUCACUGUGAGGACAAGGGACGCUGGUGCCUGUGUCCUCGUUGCCCCUUUGAGGUUUCUCCUGCUUGGCAAUGCCCAACUGGCCUUUGGACAGACCUCUCUAACCUUUCUGGGGUUCCUGGUUGUUGGGGGUGGCCUCUGCAGCCCCAGCCAUGGGUACGGGUGGGGGCUCCUCAAUCAGUUAGCGAUCCUGCCUCGCACUCAGCCCUCAUCCUGUCGCUCCCCAAACCCUCCCAUCCACUUUUUGUUUGUACCAACCAAACUCUCCUGCU